CUGUGCUUGAACAUGAAAUUUCUUCCCUUUUUCUUUAUUUGUUGUUGAGUUCUUCUUCUUCUUACCCAUUUCUCAUCUGACAUAUCUAAUCUAAACUCCUAUCUUUCCGCUUCCGAUUUCCAUCUUCCAACCACCAAAGGAAGCUGCUUUCUUCUCUUCUUGUAGCUGCUGAAGCUUUGAAGUAGACCCAAGUCCCCAAUUGCUUCUUUGCCUCCAAAAGGAGUUUCAUUUCAGCUCACUAAGCGGGUUUCUUAGGUGCCCGCCAAAAAAAAUGGCAAAGCGUGGAUACAAAAUACAGGAAUUUGUGGCUCAUGCGGGCAGUGUAAAUUGUUUAAAUACUGGAAAGAAGAAUUGCCGUCUUUUCAUUACUGGAGGAGAUGAUCACAAGGUCAAUUUGUGGACCAUUGGCAAACCAACUUCUUUAAUGAGCCUGUCUGGCCAUACUAGUCCAGUUGAAUCUGUGUCUUUUGACUCAGCAGAAGUGUUAGUUCUUGGUGGAGCAUCAUCAGGUGUAAUAAAGCUUUGGGAUUUGGAAGAAUCAAAGAUGGUUCGUAGUGUUGCUGGACACAGAUCCAAUUGCACUGCUGUUGAGUUUCAUCCGUUUGGUGAGUUUUUUGCAUCUGGUUCCAUGGACACUAAUCUGAGGAUUUGGGACAUCAGAAAAAAGGGGUGUAUUCAUUCAUACAAGGGUCAUACCCAGGGCAUUAGUACUAUCAAAUUCACUCCAGAUGGCCGGUGGGUAGUUUCUGGUGGACUUGACAGUGUUGUGAAGGUGUGGGAUCUAACAGCUGGAAAACUCUUGAAUGACUUCAAGUUGCAUGAAGGACCAAUUAGGUCCAUAGAUUUCCAUCCUCUUGAGUUCCUUCUAGCUACGGGUUCAGCUGAUAGAACAGUGAAAUUCUGGGAUUUAGAAACCUUUGAACUGAUUGGUUCUGCCAGGCGCGAGGCUACAGGGGUGCGCUCAAUAGCAUUUCAUCCUGAUGGAAGAACCCUAUUUACUGGACAUGAGGAUGGUUUGAAGGUGUAUUCAUGGGAGCCUGUUAUCUGUCAUGAUUCUGUUGAUAUGGGAUGGACAACACUUGGUGACCUCUGUAUUAAUGAUGGGAAACUUUUGGGGUGCGCAUACUACCGAAACUCUGUUGGAGUCUGGGUAGCAGAUAUAUCGCUUAUUGAACCAUACAGUGAUGGUUCCGGCUUGGAUGCCAAGACAAGUGAAGGCAUGGAGCACAAACUUAAUCUUAAGGAAAGUAAACAAGAGCAAGUAGAGGUUGAUGUGGGGCCAACUACCAGAUUCCGCAGUGUAUCCCCUGAUGAGUCAAAAGAGAUCAAGAAUAUAUAUAUCGACUCUUCUGGAGGGAAACCGAUUACAUUACAGAGAUCUGGAUCUGUUAAUUCCCAAAGAAUAGAUAUUCCAGAGGAACCCAAGGAAAUUUGUAACUUUGGAACACAGAAGCCAAGUUCUGCAGCAGGAGUUAAUGUAAAACCAAAUGAACAAUUGCUCAGAAAAUCUUUUGUUGUGCCAAAUGUUGUACCUCGCGAUGUUCCCGAUGUUAAGGACUCAGCAAAAUCUGGGGAAGAGACCAUCACCUUUACAAAGACAAAGCCUGGGAUGUUACUUAAACCAGCUCAUACACGGAGAGCAUCCACAGGCAGAUUUGAUAUUGAUAAGUUUUCUGAUACUACAAGUAAAUUAGACAGUGCAAAAGAUACCAAGUUCCAGAGGAAUUUAGGAUCUCAGAAUGAAAUCAAAGAAUCUUGCCAAGAUAAACAUCCUAUAAAGAAUGUUACAGAAAAGUUUGACAAGACUAUAUCUCCACAAAUAUUUUCUGAUCAGCCAAAACGUGAUGAAUCUACUCCUCGUAAUGAAGAGAGUAGUCCGGUUAAAUAUAUCAAUGGAGUUGCUGUUGUACAUGGGAGGACCCGUUCUCUGGUUGAGAGGUUUGAAAGAAGGGAAAGAAUUCAAACCAAUGAAAACCAAACCGACAUGCUCCUUCCAACUAUAAAUGAAGGGAGGGAAAAAAGUCACAAUGAAGAUCAUGUUAAUCCAUCCCCCGCUGUAGUAUUUGAGAAGAGGGAAAGAAGUCAAAUCAUUGAAGACCAAAUUAAUGUGUCCUUUCCAAAGAGUCAAAAGGAAGAUCAAGUUAAUGCAUCACCCACCAUAGUAUUUGAGAAGAGGGAAAGAGUCAAUGAAGUUCAAACAAACAGGUCCCUCCCUACAAGAUAUCAGAGGAGGGAAAAAGAUCACAAUGAAGAUCCAAUUCAUGCAUCUCCAGCUGUAAUAUUUGACAGGAGGCAAAGGAUUCCACUCAAUGAAGAUGGGAACAAUAUGAGCUCUAUUUCAAUCACAACCUCUGAAACCGAUAAGUCUCCCAACAAACUGAAAGUUGAGCCUCAGUUAUGCAGAGGGGAUUCAAAAUCUACAAAUGAAGGGGAAAUCAUUGAAGGUCUGAUGGAAAAUCAUGAUGUAACUUUGAGUAAUCUUCGUUCACGCUUGACAAAAUUACAGGUGGUGCGGCAUUUUUGGGAGCGCAACGAUGUUAAAGGGGCCAUUAAUGCUUUGAGGAAGUUGCCAGAUCAAUCUGUUCAAGCAGAUGUUAUCAGUGUCCUUGUGGAGAAGAUGAAUGUACUCACCAUAGAUUUAUUUGCUUGCUUGCUUCCUGUGCUCUUAGGCUUGCUGGAUGGUAAAACAGAAAGGCAUGUAAAGUUGUCGCUGGAUAUGCUAUUGAAGCUUGUAGCGGUUUUUGGUCCAACAAUUCGUGCAACUGUUUCAGCACCUCCCUCUGUUGGGGUUGAUUUACAUCGAGAACAAAGGCUAGAAUGCUGCAACCAGUGCUUCAAGGAAUUGCAGAAGAUACAAAUGAUUAUUCCAAUAUUGAUACGGAGGGGUGGCGCAUUGGCCAAGUCUGCCUUGGAACUGAACCUAGUUCUUCAACAAUCCUGACUAAAGAUGUUGAAUGAGGUUCAACCAAUUGAAGAAGGAGUAGCAUUGGCUCAAUAAAACUCUUAAGCAGGAGUGUGUCACGUCGAGAUAUUGAGAUGGUAUCCUACAAUUUUGUGUCGGUGACUUGCCCAUUUGCUGUCAUCGCCGGCUUUUUGUUAAUUUCCGAGCUUCAGUUUAAAGAAUUAAGAGACUUGAGGAAGAAGGCACUUGUGGAUAUUGGUCUGCAACAGUUCAAUCAACUGGUGUUGGCUAUUCCUUGUAUGUACAUUUUGUUUUCUCAAUUUGUUCAUUUGUGAUAGUGAUACUACUAAGUACUAACCCCUGUAUAAAGUAUCAACGAACUUAUAGUAAUGUGCAUAUUCCUAUGUCUCCUGUGUAUCUCAUAUUCAAUGUUGAAUGAAAUGAAUCUUCAAUUGUUUUUAUUCAA